GCGGACAAGUUGGAAGAGGACAGUGGUGGCGACAAGAAGAAUGUCACCAAGAGCAAGCUCCUGAUGGGCUACUUGGCCGAUCCAGAGCUUGGCGAAUCGCUCAUGAAGGUGGUGAAUACAAUUUGUUUCACAGAAACGGUCGAGCAGGAGUCCGCGUGGACGUCCAAGAAGCAGAUGAAGGACGCGCACUCGUCGUCGGCGGCGGAGGAGAUGAUCUCAGAGGGCAGGAUUGAGGCCUAA